UCCUGGCUGGGGCCCUCCUCCUCAGGACAGGCUGCUGGAGGCCCUGGGGGGUGGGGGGGCGGGGGGAGGUGGCCCAGGACAGGGGACGCACUUGACUGCCUAUGUGGGAAUGUCUGUUUGCUUCCCAGGCCCUUGCUCCAGGGGUGGCCAGGUGGGCUACAUGCCCAGAGCCUGGGCCCUCUUGCGCCCAGGCCCGGUGUGCGGGGCUUCCUGCCCCCUGCCCUCCCUCUGGCAGAGGGGCCCCUGUGAUCCGCCCCUCAGUCACCUCUAUCUGGGUAUUCUGGCUGCCUGCCCCGCCACCCCACCACCUCUGGCCUCACUCUGACCCGCCGCUACCCCUGCCCCCCGUGACUGUAGGGCCACUUGGCCCUGUUCUUGCCCCACACUGUGAUUUCAGGGACUGCGGAGCGGUGUGGGGGCGGCAGGCCGGACUCUACACUGUGUUCCUGCAGCAGAACACUGUGCCCCUGACCUUUGGGACUAAAAAGGUCAAGCUCCUUGUGUGGGAUGGAACAUUCUGCCCUCCACCUGGUAGCAGCAAUGCCGCUAGGGUAGGGCUAGGCUAGGGAGGCGCCUCGGGCCUCUGACCCCCUCACUGGCAUGGGACACUGGGAAGGGGUCCCAAGGAGGUGUGGAGCUGGGGGUCUCAGGAAUCAGAAAGCAAGGUCCAGAGACAUCCCUGGGAGCUAGUGGGCCCAGCAAGCACCCCCAGCACCUCCAUUUUCUGCCCACCUCCCUUCCUGGGCUGGGACCCAGAUGCCCUCCAUCUUUGGUGGGCGGGAUCUGAAGAGGGCCCGCCCCUGCCCAGCCCACCCCCAAGCCCUCCGCACCCACCUCUUCUGCCAGUCCUGAGCAGGAAGGUGCCGGGAGCACACCCCUGGGGAGGGGCACCUGCCAGGUGGGCCCAUAAAGAGGUGAGUAUCUGAGACCACAGCGACAAUGAGUACUUCUCCGUCCCCGCUGACAUGGGGCCUUCGCCUGCCCUGUGGGUGAUGUUCAUCCUGCUUAAAGGCCAGACCUCAAACACCCAGCCAGGCAUGAUCUCCGUCUUACAGAGUUUCCAGGAAGACCAGGUCUGGGGGCCGGGUUGGAGGGGGAGAAAGCCAGGGUCCAAGUGCAGGGAGAAAGGAGGGCCAUGGUGGCCGGGGAAGGCACCACCCGGGGAACCCAGCGUGGCCAGCCUGGUCUCCGUGUCCUCUCCAGAGAUUCCUGACAUCCAGCAGAAAAGGGCCCCGAACAGACCUUCUGGGCAGCCGCUCCCUCCUGUAGCCCCUGCCAGUCCCCGUGAGGUGGGGACGUCUCAGUCCCUCUGCACAGAUGGGGAAACAGGCUGGACAAGACCAGCCACUGGGCCAGGUCACUCUGUCCCUGCCAGACCCAGGGCAGCCCCCGGCUUGGCGCAGGCACAGGCUGCCUGGCGAGGGUGUCAGGGCUGCCCUGGGCUCUGCCGACUCCGGGUCCCCACAGUUCCAGGGGGAAUGGUUUGUUGUCGGCCUGGCGGGCAGCACCCACAGGAAGACAGACAGUUCCUUGCUGAGCCCGUUCACUGCGACGUUCGAGAAGAAUGAAAACGGCAGCCUUAAAGUGUCAUAUGCCAUGACCCGGGGCCACCGCUGUAUCACCUGGUCUUAUGUGCUGAUCGCAGCGGCCCAGCCUGGGGGCUUCUCAGUGGACAACACAGCGGCGCCCGGGAAAGACCCCGAGGAGGUCCAGGUGCACGACACUGACUACAGCGUGUUUGCUCUGAUGCUGUCCAGGAGACGGUCGGGCGGUCAGAGCGUCCUCACGGUCAGCCUGCUGUGCCGAGGGCCGCCCCGCCCCAAGUCGCUGUGAGGUCAAGGGACAGCUGUGUUUACUUCUUGACCUCCACUGUCCCACUGCCGGUAAGGCCUCCAGCCUGGAAUUGCUCUGAUGGGACAGAGAGUGUGUCGCCAAAAGGUGCUCCAUGGAGAAAACCCUGAAGGAGGUGAUUCAGGGAGAAAAAAGUGACCCCAGACACGAGGCCUGAGCUCCAGUGGGAACAAAGAACAGAGAAAGCAGUAAGCAGGUGGAGAAUUCGAAAAUCAAUCUUGGCCACGUAAAACAAAGCAAUAAUGUUUUGGAGAUUAAGUGUAUGAAUUCCAAAACAUGACGAAAAUGGCAGUGUUUGGAAGGAGGGAGAGGUGACUUUGUCAAGGUAAAGCUGGACGCUAUAAUGUUGGCCAUAACCACGAAGAAAAUAUACAUGUGCUUACACACACACACACACACCACACACACACACACUACCCUACAUUGAUAGAAAGGAAAUGAUGAAUGGAUGAAAAAUAAUCCACAGUGUCAAGGAGGCGAGAGCAGGUGGGAAAAAUAAAAAGCACAAAAUAAGAUGAUGCAUUGAAACCCCAAUAUACUGUUACAUUAAGUAAAGUUAACUGAAUACGCUUCUUAAAAGAAAGGGCUGAUCGGAGGAUUUUGAAAAACAUCUAUCAUAUGUUGUUUUAGAAGAGAAACAUUUAAGACAUGAGGGUACAGAAAUGCUAGGUCAUUUCAUAACGAUGGUAGAAUCAAUCCAUGAAGAACCGUUAAGAAGUUUAAAUUUGUAUGCGACUAAUAAUAGGGCCUCAGAAUAGCUAAAGCAAAAAACAGGACCGCAAAGAGAGAGACAAAUCUGCCGUUGCUGAGGGAGACCUUCAUAUGCCUCCCUCAGGAAACAACCUUAUACGCUGGGGACGUGGGAGUGGAGGAGGGCCAGGAGCAGAGACCCAGCUGCAGGGCAAGGGUGGAGGGGCAUCACUGAGGAUAGGACCUGGGAGCUGGGUAACAGGGACAGGACAUCCUCAGAUGCCUCAGGGAUGGGGGCCGUAUGGAGGGAAGACCAGGCGGGGCUCGUCCCAGAGUACUGGCCCAGGCCGGGGUGGCUGUGGGACCUGGUAGGGUUGCUGGCCCCAUCGUGCGGCUGACCCCCACUCCGGACCCUGUGAUGGCCGGGACAGGUAUCUUUAUCCUGCCCGGGAGCCCUGCCCUGUACCCGUCUGUCUAAGCCCCGAGGCCCCAUGCCCACUCUGGGCCCUGGAGAAGCAUCUUUUCCCAGCCACCCCCACAUGGUGGGUAACUUGGGCCUGGUGGCCAAUUUCCCGAGUCACCUCAUGCCUCCCCACUGCCAUGCACACACACACACACACACAGGACACAGGGACCCUAUGGAGGACGAUGCCCAGACUGAGGACCAUGCAUGUGGCCAGAGGCCACCCACUCCACACGUGGCAGGAGGACGGUGGGGAAGGGGUCUUGGGGAGGAGUCCCUUUGGUCAUCCUGGGGUGUGGGGAGGACUGAGAGAGCUGCCCGGGGUGUCCUGAGACCCCUCUGCUGGGUAGAGAGAGGGGGUGAGGCUUGUGUGGGGGGUGCUCGGGAAGGGGCAAGUUCCCAGGAACGGGGGCUGGGCGAGGCCUCCAGCGCUGAGCUGCGCCACCCCCCCAAGGCCCUGAUCGGGGCCAGACAGAGGGGCUGAAGGGGCUCCAGGCCCCGGCAUGGAGGGGUAACUCCAUGCUGGCAGGCCAGGCUCCCCGGUCCACCUGCAUGUGAGCUGACUGGUCCUUGGGAGCUGGAGGAAGGUACAGACCCUGGGGGUGUGAAGAGCCUCACCAGGGAUCUUGCAGGCUGGGCCUCCCCCACCCCAACUCCCCAGAGUGACCUCACCCCUUCCUGCUUCGCUGCCGGGCUCACAGGAGGCUUUCAGAGCCAAGGUGCCCGUGGCUAAAGCUCCGUUUGCCCUGCCCCAGGGCCAGACGUCAGCGUGUCCGGAGUCACCCGCUACCGUGGUCUACUGGGAGACGAGGGGUUCACCCAGGGGCUCCUCCCUGUGUGGCCGUCGGGAGACCACCUCUGAUGUCCUCCUGGCAGACUGGAAACGGGGGUGGGCUCGAGAGGUGGGGCUUGGGGAGGGAGGGCGUUGGUUUCGGUGGCCGUGCAACCAGCCUGGGGACGGACGGGCCUGGGCACCGUGACCCGAGGACCCUAAGGGGGCCUGACCGUCCACCUCCCUAUUCUGGUGAGGAGCCUAAGGUUCCUAGGUUGUGGAGCGGGGGGGACACAGAAACACGACCUCUGCUGUAUGCAUGCACACGCUCGGACGGGGUGCACACACAGGCACACACACACGCAGGUGUAGGCUCGAUCACGCCUGUUGUGAAACACACCGUCUCUUUUGUGUUUCUUCUGAAAGCUCUCUCCACGGGAUGCGCGGCCUGCAUCAGGCAGGAAUGCUCUGGCAGAAAGCUAUUUUGUUUUGAAGGAAGUUAUUUUAUUUCUUGGGCUUGUGCGGAUUAACUGGAGGUUGGGUUUUUUCCACGCUGUCAGUUGCUGGCACUCCGGGCCCCUGGACAGCAGAUGUCCCGGGAGCAUCCGUGCACUUCGGCGGGGUCCCCUGGCUCCAUCCCAACCGGAGAGGGCCCCGGGUGAGGGGCACAGGCUGCUCCUGUGACUGGUGGCCCAGGAAGCUGGUGGGAGGCCUGGGCCUGUCCCUGGAAGCAGACUCCACUCGGGGCGGGGGCUGGGGCGGGGGCAGAUCAGGCACAGCCGGCCUGGUCUCUUGUCUCCUCCACGCACACCCCUUCCCCUGCAUCUCUGGGGCCUGCUUUAGGCCUCGCUUCCCAAGAGGCUCCCCAGGUCCAUGGCACCUGGUGAAUGGCAUCCACGUCUCCCUGGGCCCCGCUGUCCCGGCCUCGCCCCCCCAGGCUGAGCGGGGCGGGGGGGGUGCUGCUCCAAGUGCAGGGAGCUGCCCCACCCCGGAACCACCUGCAGAUGGCCAAGUUCACGCCCACUCAGGGCUGUGGCUGAGCUGGAGGGAGGGGUGGAGAGGGGCCGGGACAGGGCGCGGGCAGCGUGGGCACAGGAAUGGGUACGGGGGGACGCGGCCUUUUCCCCUGCUCUCGGGCGCUGGUUUUGCAGAUGCUCAGAGGCCUGACCCCUGGCACACCUGUUUAUGUCCGGAGACGGGGAGGGACACAGUGAGGGAGGGACAUACUACCCCCCACCUCGGUAGAGGAUGGAGACCGGCCCGGGUUCUGAGCCUGGGAGAAGGGAAGGAAGGACAGCCCCCCACAGCCCUGCAGCCCUGUCUUGGCAGAGAUGAGGCUCUCCUCCACCGAGGCUCAGAGAGACACCAGCCCCCAACAGUGCUGCCGCGGCCCCCACAGGAGGCCACGACCCCGAAGCCACAUUCUGCAUUUAGUUCGUAAGUGCUAGAAGGACGUCAUGGCUUCCCGCUUGCCUUCCCAUGGGUGCUGCCCACCAGGCCUAAAGCACAGGGGGCUGGGAAUGGGCAGAGCCCCCCUCCCACCCCCGUGCCCUGGAGCCCCCUCCCCAGCAGCAUUGACGAUGCCAGGGAGAGUCAGAGGCUGGGGUGGGGGGGCUGCCUGGGUGAGGGGCCGUGGCUGGCCCCCGUCAGAGUGCCCACCCCGCAGCUGCAGAAACACUGCCGUCCACCCACCUCAGCCCCGGGGGCCUUCUGGGAGUCUGGGGCAGACCCUCCCCGGGGCCCCGCCUACUCGGUCCUUUCCCAAGUCUGGCUGCAGUUCAAGGGCUUUGCACAGGCCGGACUCUGGGUGUUCAGAGCGAGGGCAGCCCUUUACAGGGCGCCCGUGCCCUGGCCUGUGGGGGCCUGUGAGGCUGCCACCUUGCAGACCCUGCUGACGAGCCAGCAUGGGGCGAUUCAUCCUGUGCCCAGUCAAGGGAGAAGCCCGCUGGCCCACCUGCUCACCAGCUGGCAAACUCCCCUGGGUCUGGCCGGGCCGGGGCAGGAUGGCUGCCCCCCACACUCGGGGCACCCACGCUGCCUCCUCCCGAAUCCUCCCGGCCAGAAGCCCCACCAGUCAGUGGCCCCGCCGAACACAUCCCUGCCUGAUGCCCAGGGGACGUCGGGGCCGAGGAGCCAGCUGUGGCCGGACCGGACAAAGGCCCCGGCCCCAACGUCAGCCACGCAAACCCACGUGGGCGUGAGGUCCUGGGACGAGCCUGGGCAGUGUGGCCCCCUAGUCCUGCUCACCUCCCAACCCAUCCCGACCCCUCUUCUGGGGCUGAGAGCCCCUCCCCCACGGCUGGGCAAAGUCCCAGGCACAACUGUCCCGAUGGCUCUGGGACAGCUGGGCUCUGUGACCAGCGUUGGGACACAGGAGAGGACGAGCCUCUGUCCGGGAGUGGGCACAGCCUGUAUCCUUCCAGUCCGGAAGCCCCAUUCCAGGCCGUGGCUUCCGUGACCUCCCUUGACUUCUGACCCUGUGGCCCUGUGACCCCGGCUCUUCUGGGGUUACCCUGCAGCUCCCCGUCUCUGCAGCCCCAGAAGACUCUGGUUCUUCUAGAUGCGGCUCCGUGACCCCCGGCCCACACCUCCAGAGCCACCGACUGUCCCUCUCUAACCCUGGGCGGCCCCCCAGUGUCCCGUCUCUUUACUACGGAGCAGGCCCUACCUGGGUCUCCUGGACCCACUGCCAUCUCUUCCAGGAUGCCCUCCGUGACUGCUGCUCACAGUCCUACGCCCCCCUCAGCCCCGUGUGGGAGCCCAGCCGGCCCCCAGACAGGGCAGGGGUCUGCAGGGCCCAGACCUCCAGCGGGGACUAGCCAGAGGCCGGGGCGCACACUCGGAGGGGGAGGUGCGUGGGAGGUCGGGGAGGGUCAUCCCCUAGGGAGGGCGGCCGCGGAAGACAGUGGACAGAGGGUGACUUCCAGGCUCCAGGACCAGUGGCUGCCAGACUGGAUGGUUCCUUUCCCUCCAGAGGGACGGUUCCCAGGGCCCAUCAAGGCCUUGUUGUGCUCCAUCCCCUGAGGCCACAUCUGUCCCCGUACUCCUCCCCCAUCGGAAAUAAACACUUGGUGCCAGGAG